GGACAGUAGAGGGAUGGAUGAGCCGCAGCUCCUGGUCAUAGUCGGUGGUCCAGAUUUUGAUAAAGUAAGUCACAUUGAGGCAGCGGUGCCGCAGUCAUCGUGUCGUCGGUGCUCCGGCAAGGCGAAGUGCUCACGCGGGAUGAUUGGUGAGGUGUUCCACUGACCGCGCCCUCAUUUCGCGCCCGUAACCGCUACCGGGAGACGCGCAUUGAGCGGCAGAUCUGCGGUGUCGUUUCAUGCAGGUGGAGCGGCUUGACGCGCUCACACAGCCGUCGUCUGUACGCCAGUGAAAGGGGAGGGCAAACGCCGCAUUUCGCCUCUCUGGACUAUACAAAAGGCGACCGAACAGUUCCCAGUCAGAAGUGGGGGAAACGCGCGCGCACUUUCAGGCAUUCAAAGAAGGAUUUCUAACAGUGACGGCUUGCCGGUGGAAUGCAGGUGCACUUCUUCUGAAAUAAGCUGAGGAUUUCUGGGUGGAAGAGAAAUCAUGUUUUUGACCUACUAUCUACAAAACGCAAAAUACAACCGCAGCAGUAAUCCUACUUUCACCAGAGGGUGAGAUGCAUAAAUCGGUCUUUUAACAUGUUGAGUCAACUAGAUUUUUAGGGCAGUUUUAGAUUUCAAAGCGCUAAGUACCGUGUUAGGUCUUUUUUUUUCGGUACAUGGGCUUUCUGAAGUGUCCCUCAAUGGAGUUACUCUGAGGGAUCAUCAAGAUGGAGAAUCGAGUAAAGAGGAACUCCUAAAUACUAAAAGGGUUUUCAGAAAACUGGGACCUUACUAUUUCUGCAGAUCUGUUUUCAAAAAAAUAAAAAAGGCUGGGUAAAUUAAUACGCCAGACUUGGGAAUAAAUCUCUCCUCUGCAGUGGAUUAAGGGAAACGGAACAUUAGAAAGGAAGGAUUAGGAGCUUGCUUAGAAGAUGAUGACGCGAAAGUGGAGGUGCGUGAAGUUGUCACCGGCCUUCGUUUGGCUGGGGCUCGUGGUCCUUUCUGUCACCACGGCCCUAGAGUUUGAUGGUUUACCAGGCCAAUGGGUUCGCUAUGGACCCUGGGAAGCAGGAGCUACCGGUGAACUGAGCUUUACCAUGAAGACGAACAUCAGCAAAGCUAUUGUGCUGUACCUGGAUGAUGGUGGAAACUGCGACUUUCUGGAGCUCCUGAUCAACGAUGGCCGUCUUCAGUUGCGCUUCGCCAUCCACUGUGGGGAACCGGCUUCAUUGCACAUGGAGACGCACAUCAGCGACGAACGCUGGCACCGAGUUCUGCUGACCAGGAAUUAUAGAGAAACCAUGCUGGUGAUGGAUGGAGAAAGCAAAGUGGCGGAGGUCAAGUCUAAGAGAAGGGAGAUGAUGGUGGCUAGUGACUUGUAUGUUGGCGGGAUCCCACCGGAUGUGCGUCUCUCAGCUCUCACGUCCAGUACAGUCAAAUAUGAACCACCUUUCCGAGGUUUGAUCGCCAACUUGAAGUUAGGAGAGACUGCUCCUGCUCUCCUGGACAGCCAGGGUGUGAAGAACGAUCUGGAUUAUCUGUGCACCAAACAAAACCCAUGCAGCAAUGGAGGACGCUGCUCCAUUCAGGGCAGCGAGGUGCUGUGUGAUUGCUCCAAUACCGGCUACAAAGGGAAAUACUGCACUGAAGUUCUCCAACAAGUUUUGGGAGGUCUGGCGCACCUGACGUUAAAGAGCCAAGCCCCAGGAGCAGCUCCUCUGAUGGCCACUCCUGCAGCAGGUGAUCCCAAAUCAGGCCAAGUGGAGUCAGUGGCCACGUUCAAGGGUAAUGAGUUCUUCAGCUACGACCUGUCCCAAAAGCCCAUCCAGAGCAGCACCGAUGAAAUCACCCUGUCCUUCCGAACGCUGCAGCGAAACGGGCUCUUGCUUCACACUGGCAAGUCUGCUGACUACGUCAACCUGUCUCUGAAAAGCGGAGCUGUGUGUCUGGUCAUAAACUUGGGCUCUGGUGCCUUUGAGGCUCUGGUGGAGCCAUCCGAUGGCAAGUUCAACGACAAUGCAUGGCACGCCGUCCGUGUGUCCCGCAACCUGCGUCAGCGCGCAGGGGUUGGACUCCCUACGGUAAACAAACUGCAUUAUAUGCAGGUGACCAUAUCAGUGGACGGGCUCCUCACAACCACGGGCUACACCCAGGAGGACUACACCAUGCUGGGAUCAGAUGAUUUCUUCUACGUGGGUGGCAGUCCAAACACAGCCGAUCUGCCCGGCUCCCCCGUCAGCAACAACUUCAUGGGUUGCCUUAAAGAUGUGGUCUACACCAAUAAUGAGUUCAGACUAGAGCUCUCCCAUCUGGCGGAAUUGCGUGACCCUAAGGUUACCCUCCAUGGCGAUUUGACCUUCCGCUGCGAGGACGUCGCUGCAUUGGACCCAGUCAGUUUCGACGCGCCCACUGCUUAUGUAACCCUCCCGCGCUGGAAUGGCAAGAAAGCUGGCUCUGUGUCCUUCGAUUUUCGAACCACCGAGCCCAACGGACUGCUGUUGUUCAGUCACGGGCGGCCGCAGGGUUCAAAAGAUCACAGACCAAGGGUGGACUUCUUCGCCAUGGAACUGCUGGAUGGAUUCCUCCACCUGCUCAUGGACAUGGGCUCCGGGAGCAUCAAGAUUAAAGUGGGGAACAAGAAGGUCAAUGAUGGAGAAUGGUGCCACGUAGACUUCCAGAGAGAGGGCAGGAAAGGCUCCAUCUCCGUCAAUGGCCGCAGCCUGCCCUUCUCCACCAACGAAGGGAGUGAGAUCCUGGAUCUAGAUGGUGAAAUGUAUUUGGGGGGUCUGCCGGAGAACAGUGGGGAUCUUUCUCUGCCUCCAGAGGUGUGGACUGCCCGCCUCAGGCUGGGCUUUGUGGGCUGCGUGCGGGACCUCUUUGUCGAUGGGCGCAGCAAAGACCUGCGGCGUUUGGCGGAGCUUCAGAGCGCUCCGGGUGUCAGCAGCUUCUGUACCCGUGAAACCCAUCGGAGGUGCAGCUCGGAGCCCUGCGUUCAUGGAGGCCGAUGCCGCGAGGGCUGGAACAGACACGUCUGUGAUUGCACUGGAACUGGAUAUAUGGGCCCCAACUGUGAGAUGGAGUCUGCAGUGUUGAGUUACGACGGCAGCAUGUUUCUGAAAGUCCUGAUGCCUCACGCAGCUCACAGCGAGGCCGAGGACGUGUCUCUGCGCUUCAUGUCUCAGAGGGCUUAUGGUCUGCUCAUGGCCACCACCUCCAAAGAGUCCGCCGAUACCCUGCGCCUGGAGCUGGACGGGGGAAGAGUCAAGCUUACCGUCAACCUCGAUUGUAUCGGGAUAGACUGUAACCUUAGUAAAGGACCGGAGACUCUGUUCGCAGGGCACAAGCUGAAUGACAAUGAGUGGCACUCUGUGAAGGUGGUGCGCCGUGGGAAGAGCCUGCAGCUCUCUGUUGAUAACGUGACCGUGGAAGGCCAGAUGAGCGGAGCACACACGCAGCUGGAGUUCCACCACAUAGAGACGGGCAUCAUGACUGAGCGCCGCUUUAUCUCAGUCAUGCCAUCCAACUUCAUCGGCCACCUGCAGGGCCUCUCUUUCAACGGCAUGCCUUACCUAGACCAGUGCAAGAAUGGUGACAUCUCCUACUGUGAGCUCAACGCCCGCUUCGGCAUGCGCCGCAUAGUGGCCGAUCCGGUCAGCUUCCGAAAUCGAGCCAGUUAUGUGGCGCUGUCCACCUUACAAGCCUACGCCUCCAUGCACCUCUUCUUCCAGUUCAAAACAACCAGCCCUGAUGGUCUGAUUCUCUUCAACUCUGGGGAUGGCAGUGACUUUAUCGUGAUUGAGCUUGUAAAAGGGUACAUCCAUUAUGUUUUCGACUUGGGCAAUGGGCCGUCGCUCAUGAAGGGCAACUCCGACAAGCCGCUCAAUGACAACCAGUGGCACAACGUGAUGGUGUCCCGCGAUGACAGCAACGUGCACACGCUCAAGAUCGACUCGCGUACUGUCACGCAGCACUCCAAUGGAGCCCGCAACCUGGACCUCAAAGGAGAGCUGUACAUUGGAGGUGUGGGGAAGAGCAUGUACAACAGUCUGCCAAAGCUCAUUGCAUCGCGGGAUGGUUAUCAGGGCUGCCUGGCCUCAGUUGACCUGAAUGGCAGACUUUCAGACCUGAUUGCAGAUGCUCUGCACCGUGUGGGCCAAGUGGAGCGAGGAUGUGAGGCCGGUCCCGGCACAACCUGCACGGAAGACUCAUGCUCCAAUCAGGGCGUUUGUUUGCAGCAGUGGGAAGGUUUUACCUGCGACUGCACCAUGACGACAUACGGUGGUCCCCUCUGCAGUGACCCUGGGACCACGUAUAUUUUUGGGAGAGGAGGAGCGCUCAUUACAUACACCUGGGCCCCCAACGAUCGGCCGAGCACCCGGGCGGACCGUUUGGCCGUGGGCUUCAGUACCCAGCAGAGCGAUGCCAUUCUGGUGCAGGUGGAGAGCAGCCAGGGCCUGGGAGAUUACCUUCAGUUGCACAUUGAACAAGGAAAGGUUGGUGUGAUCUUCAAUGUGGGCACAGAUGACAUCACCAUAGACGAGCCUGCGGUCACUGUCAACGACGGCAAGUACCACGUGGUUCGCUUUACGCGUAGCGGUGGCAACGCCACCCUCCAAGUGGACAACCAGCCCGUCAUCGAGCGCUUCCCGUCAGGGAACAUUGAUAAUGAACGGCUUGCUAUAGCCAGGCAAAGAAUUCCAUACAGACUUGGUCGGGUAGUUGACGAGUGGCUACUCGACAAAGGUCGGCAGUUGACUAUUUUCAACAGUCAGGCGGCCAUAAAGGUGGGAGGUCAGGAUAAGGGACGGCCGUUCCAGGGUCAGAUCUCAGGCCUGUACUACAAUGGUCUGCAAGUCUUGAAACUGGCUGCCGAGGGGGAUCCGAAUGUGCAGGUGGCAGGAAAUUUACGCUUGGUUGGGGAUGCACCCUCAGUCCUGUCCACUGAAACCACCUCAGCCACCCCUCCGGCAGCAGCGGACAUGUCCACCACCAUAAUGGAAACCACCACCACUAUGGCCACCACCACCACCCGCAGACAGCGCUCGCCAAGCCUGAAGGACAGCAUUACGCAGAACUCGGAUGACCUGCUGGUGGCCUCAGCUGAGUGUCCCAGUGAUGAUGAGGAUCUGGAGGAGUGUGAGCCGGGCACUGGAGGUGAACUUGUGUUGCCCAUAAUAACAGUGGACACCCAAGACCCUAUUUCCAUGGCCACCCGUUACCCCGCAAUCCCCGCCCCUCCCACCUCCCUAACCCCCCUUCAGACCACCAAAGAGUCCCUCAUUCUUUCCGACCCCCGUCCGCCAUGCCCUCCAGACCAGGAGGACUGCGGUGACCCCAUGGAGGUGUCGGCCUUCGGCUCCGGAGAAAUGACGGAGUCCGAUGACGAGGACUUUAACAGAAACUCCCCCAUGGUCACAGACAGGACGGUCCUGCCACCGCCCCCUGGUGUAGGCAAAAGUGGCCACGGUGACCACCGUCCUCCAGUCCCUGCCCCGACCACCCAUCCUAACCAGCUCCACAUCCCAGCGGGCAAAAUGAACACCCGCGACCAGGUGCUCCUGCCACCCGUCCCGUCCUCGCGCCACACUCCAGGUCUAACCUACCCGCCUGAUUUCCCCCAUGUGCCCACAGCUCAUCCCACCGACCUGAUGGAGAAGGGCCGUCCAGGUGCCGUGGAGGUGAUUCGAGAGUCCAGCAGCACCACAGGCAUGGUGGUUGGCAUCGUGGCGGCUGCCGCCCUCUGCAUCCUCAUCCUCCUAUACGCCAUGUAUAAAUACCGCAAUCGAGACGAAGGCUCUUAUCAGGUGGAUCAAAGCCGCAACUCCGGCUCUGAAAGCAACGGUGCCGUAGUGAAGGAGAAAACGCCGAGUACGACUGCCGCCGUGGCUAAAACCACCACCAAGGGCAAGAAGAACAAAGACAAGGAGUAUUACGUCUGAGAAAGACAGAGGAGAAGGUACUGAUGAGGAUUUGACCUCCUCUAAACAUUUAAGCCACACGAUCUUCUGUUUACUUCUCCAAACGUUUUUUCUGCCACCGAAAGACACGGACGGAUAGACUUGACGGAUAGAUCCUCCUUUCGUUGCUGUCUUGCGAAGCCAUCGUUGUAUGUAAUUUUAUCUCUUAUCAUGUCUAAAGAAAAUCUUCCAUUACAUUCCAGGUGAUGUAAUGCCCUCUUUACGAUUAAAGAUUUAUGUUUCGCGUGGUCCACAGGAGAGAAACGAAACACCAUGGACAGAGAGAGAGAAAACCCGCCAAACAUGAGCUUUUAGUACUAUUCUUGAACGUUCAGUUAAUAUUAUGUUUAUAGAGCUAUGAAAUUGAGAUCUCGUAGCAGACAUUCGCUGGCCCUCCUUGUAAUAAUUCAUGAACAACAGAAGCAAUUGUGUUUGUUAUUUGCACAAGACAAGCAGAUGCUCCCAUCAGUUCUUGUGGAGAUGUUAAAUCUGACACCUUUUUUGGAGGGAGAGAAAAAAAAUACAGUGAGAAAGGCAGAGGAUAAAAUCGCAUCUUCUGUUUUGUUCGGUGAUAGAGCCGAAAUAACUGACUUCAUUUCCACUCGGAUAUUUCUUUUGUCAGGUGUAGAAAGUGGGAUUUAUCUGUCCCUGUCAUGAAAACACAUGAAUCUAAUUCUUUCUUUGUUGUGUUGCUGCCAUGGUUUCAUAAACACGUUAGAAUCGCAGAUCAGACAGCGAAGGGUGCUUUAACAUCCACACCUCCACCAGUAUUCAGAAGGUUGUUAGAACUUUAAAAAGGUAUCUCUAUCUUUCGCUCUCUCUCUCUUCAUGGUGCCGAAACAUUGUGAUCUGUUAGGCUACUAAUUGUGUUCCAUGCAUGAUGUAUUCACAUUCAACUUUUCAUGAGAGGUUUUUGAUAUGAAAUACAUAAAGUUGAUAACUUUCAUCUCACCCGGAAGGAUACAUAGCACCAUGGACAAGCACGACGCAGACCUCAGAAAGCGGGACUGUCCUGAACUGAGCAUCAGCUUGGACAAAAGAUGUUGUAUCUAUGUAAAUACAGGACAUUGCUGAAGACUCUUCAGGAGACAGGUUUGUGUGUAUCGUGCAGACGGUACGUAUGUGCGCGUGCGAUUGUGCGUGUGUGUGUGAGUGUUUGUCCUCGUUUGUCCUCCGGCAUGAGAAAGAUAUACGCAAGACUACAUGAACUCUUUCUCUUGCCUCCUAUAUUCUCUAUGGUGUGAAACUACAGCCCAAUACCCAUCCAAAUGAGACUGCAGACAGUGAAACAAACAGGAUAAGGAGAACGGAGGCGAAAUCAUAUUUUGAGAACUGUGUGGCGUCUCUUUUGGGCGGACAAAAAAGGAACUCGUUCUCAUCAGGAUGCCAGCUCACCACCUCCCAAACCUUAAAGGAAAGCGUAUGAGAGCAAACUGACAAGACUUUAAUGGAUAAAGCAGCACAAACCUUGUGUCCGGACUUUUGUAUCAAAGGACACCUCCUGGAAAGGAGGAAAAAGGAAGAAAAAAAAUCAACAACACAGUAUACUGUCUAGAUAUUUCUCACAUUUGAAAAAUAUGGUUUUCCUGAAUUGACAUUCCUUGUUAUUACAAAAAAGAUUUUGUUUAGUCCUUUCUCUUCAAUUGAAAAAAAAAAAUGUUAUUCACUACAGAUAUAUUACUUCAGUUCCACGAAGUGAUUUUCAAAGGUGAAAUUCUGGGGGUGGGGGGAGGGAUGUUUUGGGAUUUUAUUGAAUUUGGUAUAAAAAAAAAAGAAUGAAGCGUAACACCUAGCCAUACCUCCAUUUUAUAUUUGAGUUCUUUUGUUAUAUCAUCGACAGGGCUUUUUUUCGUUUGUGUUUUUGUUUUGUUUGUUCUUUUAAGAUAUAAUUGUCAUUUACCUAUGCUGGUCAAAGUAUAUUCCCGUUCUUAAUGUAAUUGUAAAGUGUUACUGUGAGAUGAAAUCUAAAUAUGUGUACAUUGACAGAGGGAAAAAUACACUUGGUUCUAUACUUCGUAC